AUGAUCGUCAUCCCGAAUGUGGGUUCUGACGCCCCUGUCCCUGCGAGGAGGCGCUGGAGCAGGCGUUUGGGCUGGGCUCUCCUCCUGGCCGUCUCCGUGCUGAUCUACGGGUCGCACGCCCCACUCAUCGCCCUGUCCAAAGUGGACGGGCGCGUCCCGUUCAGCUCCUCGUCCUGCGUGGUGCUGAUCGAGCUCGCCAAGCUCUCCGCCUCGCUGGCGGCGCUCCUGGCCCGCGGCGGCCCCCGGCCGCGCGUCUCCUGGGCCCAGGCGGCGCCCUACGCCCUCCCCGCCCUGCUCUACGCCCUCAACAACAACCUGGUGGUGGCCAUGCAGGCGCACAUGGACCCCAGCAGCUUCCAGGUGCUGGGGAACCUGAAGAUCGGCUGCACCGGCCUGCUGUACCGCUCCUGCCUGGGGAGGCGGCUGGGGGCCCGGCAGUGGCUGGCCCUGGGGGUGCUGACGGCGGCCGGGGUGUGCCACAGCUACAGCAGCCUGGAGGUGGAGGACCGGGCCGUGGCGGGAGGGUCGGUCCCCAGGACGCGGCUCCGCGUCUCGGCCUUGGGCCUCCUGAUGCUGCUGUCCUACUGCCUGAUCUCCGGCCUGGCCGCCGUGUACACCGAGCUCAUCCUGAAGUCGCAGCGCCUGCCCCUCAGCCUGCAGAACCUCUUCCUCUACACCUUCGGCGUGGCGGUGAACGGGGCGGCCCACGUGGCCGGCGCCGGGGGCGACCGCGGGUUCCUGGAGGGUUACUCGGCGACGGUGUGGGCCAUCGUGGCGGGCCAGGCGGCCAACGGGCUGCUGAUGUCGGCGGUGAUGAAGCACGGGAGCAGCGUCACCAGGCUCUUCGUCAUUUCCUGCUCCAUGCUGGUCAACGGCGCCCUCUCCUGGCUGCUGCUGGGACUGCAGCUCACGCCCGGCUUCCUGCUGGCCGUGCUGAUGAUCGCGCUCGCCGCGCACCUGUACUACGGGACGUAGCCCCCGCCUACCGUGCACCUGUACUACGGGACGUAGCCCCCGCCUACCGUACACCUGUACUACGGGACAUAGCCUCCACCUACCGUACACCUGUACUACGGGACGUAGCCCCCGCCUACCGUGCACCUGUACUACGGGACGUAGCCCCCGCCUACCGUGCACCUGUACUACGGGACGUAGCCCCCGCCUACCGUACACCUGUACUACGGGACGUAGCCCCCGCCUACCGUGCACCUGUCUGAGUACGGCCAAGCACAAGAUGGCUGAACUUUCUCAUCUUUUUUUUUGGUUCCUUUUUUUUCCCCCCCCCCCUUUGCUUUACUUUAACUGGAGUGGUUUGUUUUUAUAAUUUACUUCACUCUCAUUAGAAGUGCGACAGAACUCUCUACAUUCAGGAGUUCCACAGAGAGCUGAAUAAUACCAUUGUCUGGAGUCACUUGACUGCUGAAUUUGCCCCUGUAUUUGCCUGAGAGUGUCGAGUUUUUCAAAAAUGGUUAGACCGACAGUGUUACGUUACUGUUCACCACGUGGUGUUUGGUGGGGCGACAUGGCUCAGGCAUUAAGAGCGGUCGUCUGGCAGUUGGAGGGUUGCUGGUUCGUUCCCCCGCCCGGGCUGUGUCAAAGUGUCCCUGAGCAAGACACCUAACCCCCAAAUGCUCCUGACGAGCUGGUCGGCGCCUUGCAUGGCAGCCAAUCGCCGUCGGUGUGUGAGUGUGUGUAUGAAUGGGUGAAUGAGAAGCAUCAAUUGUACAGCGCUUUGGAUAAAGGUGCUAUAUAAAUGUCAACCAUUUACCAUUUGGCCGUCUGAGCUGUUAACCCAACCCGAUGUUCAUAAGGAGCCUCAGAAUCACGGUCCUCUGCUGGUUUUCCACGCUCUCUUUACCUGGCUGUCAGGUGUGAAGACAGUCUGGCCAAUCAGGAGCACUAAUCGUUCAGUUCAUUACCUGGGAGAAACGAAGACCAGGGCUGGAUUUGGAUUAGAGGAUCCCUGCUGUAGUGAAACCUUCGUUCUCCUGAAUACACACAUUUCUCUGCCUUGUUUCAGUUUGCUUUAUUUUUUGUCAUCUCUGGCCAACACCCUUGUAUACCUAUGGUUUAUAUUUACUAUUUUUGCAUGGCUUUAAUUAAAUUUGUGUGCACAUAUUUACAUUUCAGUUUUUUUUCAUUGGUUUUUGUUCAUUUUCAUUUUGCAUCAUUUAACAAAUUCACAUUUCCCCAAAGUGCUGAGAAGUGUAUUGAUGGUAACAAGAAUAAAUAAGCAAUGGUACAUUCAAAAUAAAAUAAAUAUAUUUAUGUAUUGGUAAGAGUCAAAUGAAAGUCAAAGGAAAAUAAAAUUCUGUUGAAUAAAAGGCGUCUUGCGUU